AGCCUUGUGAGUCACUCACUGUUGUGUAGCAUGCGCCAGGGGAUCUGAUUACAGUAUGGAAUUCAGAACUAAAUGUUUGCCAGCUAGAUAUCUUAUAACGUAUGUUAAGUCUAAAAUGUGCGAAAUGUCUGCAGUUGUGCAUUUGGUGUAAAUUUAGUAGCUAUCUAGCUAAGUGGUUAGCUUAUUCCAAAAUCAAGCAUUAGCUUGGUAGCAGCAGAGAAUCCCAUCCUGGACCAAGAGCCUUGCUGGCAAAUAUUUGUUUUGUGUGUGCAGCAAAAUUAGCGAGGCUAAGAUGGUGGACCGGCUGGCGAACAGCGAGGCCAACUCCAAGAGGAUCCAGGUAGUCGAGGGCUGCUUCGGCGCGGCGGGCCAGCCACUGGUCAUACCGGGCCGCGUACUCAUCGGUGAAGGUGUGCUCACCAAGCUGUGUCGCAAGAAGCCCAAGGCGCGCCAGUUCUUCCUGUUCAACGACAUCCUGGUGUACGGCAACAUUGUCAUCCAGAAGAAGAAGUACAACAAGCAGCACAUCAUCCCGCUGGAGAGCGUCACCAUCGACACGGUGGCUGACGAGGGCGACCUGCGGAACGGCUGGCUCAUCAAGACACCCACCAAGUCCUUCGCUGUCUACGCCGCCACCGCUACUGAGAAGUCAGAGUGGAUGAGCCACAUCGGCAAGUGCGUGGGCGACCUGUUGGAGAAGAGUGGCAAGGCACCGACUGGCGAGCACGCCGCCGUCUGGAUACCAGACUCAGAGGCCACCCUCUGCAUGCGCUGCCAGAAGAUCAAGUUCACGCCCCUCAGCCGCCGCCACCACUGCCGCAAGUGCGGUUAUGUGGUUUGUGGCCCGUGCUCUGACAAGAAGUUCCUGCUGCCCAGCCAGUCAUCCAAGCCGGUGCGUGUGUGUGAGUUCUGUUACCUGCAGCUGGCCUCCGCAGGAGGGGGGGUGGGCUUAGGCCCAUGCUCGGACUCCUACAGCCGGUCAGGGUCAAAGUUCAACAACAUGUCGGACGACGAAGAUGAGGAGGACAGCAGUGACUGAGGAAGGCCUUCCUGACAGCCUUCCAUCUUUCCCCUUUUAGUAAUCAAUUAGCAAUAUUCCACUAAUAAUUACUUUUUUUUUUUAUCCCUCCACAGCUUAAAAAUAGCGUAGGAAGAUUAAUUCAUUGGACAGCAGUGUUUUGAAGAAACAUUCUCUUUUUUCUUCUUGCUGAAAUAAAUGUUUUUAACGAUAAUAUAGUGAAAUGCCUGAUGGGAAUUGUAGUAAGUUCGGUUAAAAAUAUCCCUCACACUAUUAGUAGUAUGGCUGUUUCCUGUAUGGCAUGCUCCAUAGUCCAUCCUCUUUGUUCUCCAUUAAACAGUGGACCUCACUACAGGAGUGAAUGAUGCUAGGAGUAAUGUAGCCCCUCUCAUUGUCCUCUCUGCUAAUGUCAUCCUCGCUUCUAUUACAUUCUUGAUUUAAUUUCCCCUUAUAUUUUUUUAAAUUUUUACCAAUGAACCUUAAGAGGUGUGUUUACAUGCCUCAAUGCUGAUAUUUCUGCGGGGAGAAGUGAUUAGCAUUCAGUCACACUUUACAUAGUCUUACCUACCCCUUUAAAUAUUUCAGGUAAAAUACCUGUAGGUGCUUUUUUUUUCUCGGUUUUUAAACUGCUUCAGUAUUUUCUAACAUAAAUAACCCCUCCUUAACUAACCUCUCAAAUGAUUACAGUAUCAAAGCCAGAAACGUGAACAGUCUGAUAUGUUGUCUGUUGAUUUGUCUUUUGUAGUUAGUUGCUUAUGACAAAUCGGCUAAAGCUUUAUAAUUGUAUGGUGAAGCUCCUCUAGGUGUGUGUCUUAGCAUAGAGUGGUGGCCAACUUUCAGUUUUGAAGUUUUUCUCCACAGCUUAACUUGUAAUAGCAUGUAUUUGAAAUGCACAUAGUCAAUCAUCCCAAAAAUGUACCUCAUACAGACCUUAAUUUUCACACAGUGCCUUUUGAGAAAGUGAGUUGUCUGGGCAGGACUGUUUGAAUGAGAUAUUGCAUCAGACCCUAGUACUGUAACUUCUGUUUUGAGGCUGUGUUCUGUCGGUAUAACCCUAAGUUGAAUAAUGGCUGUAGGGAGAAGUUUGUGUGAUCAUUGUGUGUGUAGAUGCACUAGAAAGCUUUACUUCUGAUAUUUUUUUACUAAAUCAGAGAAGAAAACAUGCACCUAAAAAUACAGUCAUGCUUUAUAAGGUACUGUCCAGUGUUGGAGAUGGGUUUUGGUUCAUCUAGAGUAUUUGGCAAGUUUCUGGCUGGAGUUUCCACUGAGUGCCUCUAGAGUGCUGUGAGAGCAGAAACUUGACCUGUGAUGAUCAGGAAAUCAGCCCAUUGUCUUACUGUGGUCUCCUCAGUAUGUGACUGCUUCCUAACCUGCCCUCAAAGUUCCAGGGUAUCCUGACCUGUCAGAAAAUAAAGCUGAACUGAACUUGCCUGACCACAGAGAACGGGAUAUCAUUGCAUAACGUACAGGAAGUGUCUACCAUCGACUUCUCUCAGAGGAACCGAGACCAUCCCUGCCCCCUCCUGUCCCUCUUCCAACUGAGCUUCCCUAUAAGGUAUGGCCAGUCUGUGUCAGCUGACGCUGACAUGUGAAAGGCUUGUUGGAGGACCAACAAUGACCUACCCGCAACCACCAUCACUUUUUCACGCUGUGAAGCGAACGUGAAAUGCACUAACCAUUUCAGGUUUUACACUCUGGGCCAGACAGAUCUAAUUCACUUUGUCUAGGCAUAGUUUAUCUUCCUGUGUUUCCAUGGGAAUCCUUUCUCUCCUUUUAAAGCAACUUGUUUUUACACUUAAGCAGUCAGGCUCACAGGUGGCAUAGACUUGGAACUAAUUUGCAGUCUUUCAGAGUAAAGUGGAACGUUUAUCCUGAGAAGUGUGUGUGUGUUUCAGAGUGACAGAACUGGUAAAAGGGAUCAUUUCUUUCCUUUUAUUUUUUUAGCUUCUCUAAGAAGUAACUGUAGAACCCUAUAAAAGUCAAUCUCUUUGGCAAGCAAUAAGACGUCAUACAGUACUUCGAUGUAAAUCUCCUACCCCGUUGUCUCUGAUUAUCAGGUUGUAUUGUUGAAGAAGCAGAUGCUCAAAAUACUACAUCACUCACUCUAUUGAAGGUUUAUCAUUAUACUCACUUAAGCAAGUUUUGCUGUUGAUCCUAUUUAUAGAUAUUGGGCACAUCUAUAUUAACGCAAAUCCUACCAUAAUCUGUAGUUUCCUUAACACGUUUGUUCUUUCACCUCACUUAAUGAAUAUUUUGAAAUGACUGUUUUAAUCCUGUUGAUUUUGUAUAUUUGUAUAGUAUUUGGGAUUUGUUUUGUACAGUAUACUAUGUAGUUAUACAAAUGCCGCUGUUUCAGGUCUCUUGUGCUCGUCUCGUCUUCAUGUAUGGACCGGAUUAAACACCAGCACUUUACUCUCUUUCUCUGGAGAGAGGUCGUAAACAAGAGCUACUGUGCCCCUGUGACCGUAGACUGACAGGACUGGAUUUCCUGUAUGAUAUCACCUCAGGAGAGUGAGCUAGGGGGACCUACACAACCUGAGAUUUAACAUUGUAUACCCAUUAAGCAAAAAUGAUGUCUGAACACAGAACUGAGGGAACAAUGUGAGAUUUCUGAAAGAGAGCAUACCAUACUGUUUUGAGUUCGUUUUCUUUGCCUGAUUAUCUGGUGUGGUUUGUUAACCACUCAAGUCUCAUGGAACUGAAGUUCUCUCGAUUGCUAUCGGGUGACGUUUUGUCUUCUCUCAGAUUUUGAUUUUGAUUUAAAUUCUUGUUUAAAACAUCUUUAAUAAAGGGCUUAAACCUGAAUGUAAUACAGCAUAUCAUCGUUAGAUACUAAUUUUCUCAAUUGAAAUAUAUAUGUAUAAAAUAACAUAUUGCCUAAAAUCUGUCUUGUCUUCUUCGGCUUGUUGGAAAAAAAGUCCUCAUGGCUUCAGAGGGGAAUGACUAUUUACCAUGGCGUUUAGAGGGAGCUUGCUAGGUGGUGGUGACAGUCUUCUCGGGGAGCUGAGAACUGACUGCUCCAUGACCUCAUAGGCUGCCUGAUAGUCACAUGGCAUGUAGUGCUCAUAACAAUCAUGCCAUAAUCCAGCAGCCAAACUGUUCUCAGUGCAGUUUUCAAGCUUUGUUUGUCCAGUGAUUCAAUGAGAAGCCCAGAAAAUUCUGAGAUGGUAUUUUUUUAUUUUCUUCCUUGUGCAGAUCUUAACAUUAGUGAUUAAGUCAGCGUCGUCCGGAUUAGGGAGGGUUUGGCCGGUAGGGAUGUCCUUGUCUCAUCGCGCACCAGUGACUCCUGUGGUGGGCCGGGUGCAGUGCACGCUAACCAAGGUCGCCAGGUGCACGGUGUUUCCUCCGACAUAUUGGUGCGGCUGGCUUCCGGGUUGGAUGCGCGCUGUGUUAAGAAGCAGUGCGGUUGUGUUGUGUUUCGGAGGACGCAUGACCUUCGUAUCUCUCGAGCCUGUACGGGAGUUGUAGCGAUGAGACAAGAUAGUAACUACUAAUUAGGGAGAAAAGGGGGUCAAAUUUUUUUUUUAAACAUUCAGAAAGAAAUGCACCAAGCAUUUCUGAAAGCUAUUUGAAUCAUUCUGAAGAUGCCAUGUUCAUAGCUGUCCUUUCAUUUAUUUAUUCGACAUCUUACAUUCAUACGUUUCUGAUGAAGUAUCAAGAUGCCCUCAACUAAGCCUGUGGUGUCUUGACAUAAAGUCAAAUAAAAUAAAGAUUAUAGGGAUGGUUGUUUGUCACAUUUUCCAAUCCCAUUCCCUGAAACAAUACAUGAUGUAUGAAGCUUAACUUGUCUAACAAGUGCAAUUUUUAAAUGUUUUAUUAUGGAGUAUUUUACUGUCCCCCUCCCCGCAGUACAGGUAUAUUAAAACUUUCAGGUUGCAGUUGGUUAAAUGCCCCUAAAUCCAACCGAAACACCAUCUAGCCCCAAAUCCUCCGAUACACCAUCCAGCCCAAAUCCCGCUCACUACAGCCCCUGGCUAAUCUCCACUGUACAGUUCCCAUGGUAACCGCAGAGGGCUGCAGCCUGGCCCUUGCUGUGAUUAUGACCUGCUGUUGAACUUUGACCUCUGUCUGGGAGAAUUUUCAGUGCUAUUGAGUUUUUACUGAGACUUCACAGAAAAUAUAUAUUUUUUAAUCCCAUUGAGAAACUUGGAAGGUUUAGCGUUUGUAUGUUGAUACUUGUGAUAAUGUUGCAGAUGGUAUUAGUUUGACUAAUUUAUCAGACCAUUAUAAACUUGUGGUAGUUAUACAUCUUCAGAAUUUUCUUACUAAAAUGAUGGCAAGGCUAUUGACUGGGGUCAACCAACCCUAAUGGUCCAAGCUGGGGGGGAUUCAGCCCCUACAUGGCAAAAAAAUUGUGUACAACAUCUUCAGAAAAAUAAGUAUUGAUUGCUUAAAACCUACGACAUCAAGCUGAGGAAAUGGCUCCCAGCCUGAUUGUCUGUCAUCAGGACUGAUGUCCAUCCGGCCUCUAUCACUGGCAGGUCGGCAACCAAAGACUCGUGGAGGAAGAGGAAAGAGGUAUCGAUUAAGCUAGCUGCCAGUGGGAUGUGGCAGGUUAACGCCACUAAGAAAGAAAGAUGUACUUGCUCAGGUCAGGUUGGGGGUGUGAUCAGCGGGGAAGCUAGACCACGUUGUCUGUGAACAACAUGUAAUGAAUGCACAGACAACCAUUAAGUGGAGUGUUUGGUGUAGAAGUGUGACUGCUCUCUUACAGAUGGGAGCGAUGGCUGGUCCUGAUGUAACUUCAAAAGCUGCAGGGCGCUUCCUACUGGCAGACGUUUAAACUGGUUGCAUGUAGGUGACUGUAGCAGUCUUCUACAAGUCACAGUGUUCAUACUGAGAACAGAAACUGACAUUGUCACAUGAGGCUGGUGGGUAUUAGGCAGGUUACUCCACACAUGCUUUACAUCCUCUUGCAGCGGUUUUGAACUCUGUACGGUUGGGAUUCCUUCUCCUGGCGUUCUCCUUUUCUACUUUCUUUUUGACUGAGAGGUGCAAUAAAAUGCUAUAUUAACUCA